AUGUCUACAGAUACUUAUAAGUUACAUCCAGAGCUCGCUAUAUGCGUAAAAAGGGAAGAGCUGACAGAAAUCAUUGCUCAAGAGCUACACAUAGAUGUUGCAUUUCCUUGUUUUUCUGUUAAAGAACAGUAUGGCUCUACUGCAUGCUGCGUGGUCCAUAAACACUGGCUUACUAGCCUGAGGCAAUCCAAACUCGGUGAAAUCACCAAAAUCAACAAAUACGUCGCCACUCGUUCUUCCUUAAAUAACAAUUCAGAUCAAACUAACGAUCAUCAAACUUCGACGACCAAUGUACUAGUUAGUGUGUAUUUAAAGCGAUACUCAUCAGACUCCAAAAAUAGUAAACCGCAGUUAUAUGCUCGGAAUCCAUCUGACAGCGGCAUUAAUUACGCUUCAUCCAAUUUUAAUGAGCGAGCUGACUUACCUUUAAGGUAUUUCCUUAAAGAACAACUUGAAGGAAAACCGAUACUUUUGGCUGAUAUUGAGGAACAAUACAAUAAUUAUACGCCUAUAUUCUCCAAUAAUGACUUUCAAAAUCCUGAAAAUUUGUCUGAAUUAGAAGUUGAACUGGCUAGGCAAAAAGCAUUUGUGAAAAAAUUUAUAGAAACAUUAUAUCCUGAGAGUGCUUAUUUUCGAAUUGUAUCGCAACCUGAAAGUGAUGGUGAAAAUGAUAGUGAUACAUUAUUUGUAGAAGCUGUUUCUCAACCUGACUGGUCCUCAGAUAUGCCUAUAACGACGAGUCCAAACAUUUUUGAUGUUUUUGCUGUAUUGGAAUCUGAGCAUGCAUAUUAUUUCAUGGCUCCAUAUCGUGGCACUACUUUAGAAGACUUAUUAAAAUAUAGUUCUGGCGUAUUGAAUUCUAAUGUAAAAAAAACUUUUAUCCUAUAUCAAUUACUAAGAACUGUUCAGAGUCUUCAUAUGAAAGGUGUUAUUCAUGGAGGGCUCAAGCCAUCUAACAUUCUUGUGGAUGAAAAUCUAUGGGUAACGCUUACAGGAUUUGAAUGCUCCAUUCCAAGAACUGAAAAUAUAUCGGAAAUUCAAGAUGAAUCUCUCACAAUGAAGUGGGUACAUGGAAGUAUAUCAAAUUUUGAUUAUAUAAUGGCAUUGAACUAUCUCGCUGGCCGAAGAAUUGGUGACCCAAACUUUCAUCCAAUUUUUCCAUGGAUUACCGAUUUCACCGGUGCAUCUGUUUCUGAAAAUUGGCGGGAUUUUACAAAAACGAAAUUUCGUGUGAAAAUUGACAACACUUUUAUUAUAGGUGAUGAACAAUUGGAUUUUACAUAUGAUGGUCCAGUGCCUCAUCAUAUCACCGAUAUUUUAUCUGAUAUCACUUAUUAUGUGUAUCUUGCUCGAAAAACUCCCAUUCCGGUGCUAUGUCAAUAUGUAAGAACGAAAUAUGAGCCGAAUGAAUAUCCAUCCUCAUUACAAAGAUUGUUCGAAUGGACUCCUGAUGAAUGUAUCCCUGAGUUUUAUACAGAUCCAAGUAUUUUUACUUCAAUACAUCCGGACAUGCCAGAUUUACAACUCCCAAUGUGGGCUUCUUCUGCUGAAGAGUUUAUAUGCAUUCAUUCUGAAGCUUUAGAGAGCGAAUACGUAUCGAAAAAUUUACAUAUUUGGAUUGAUUUAACAUUCGGGUGUGCUGACGCGAUUGAAGCAAAAAAUGUUGCAUUACCACUUUUGGAUGGACAAAAUUCUUUUAUGAAGCACGGGAUCACUCAACUUUUUUCGGAUCCUCACCCUCAGAAAAUUGUGACACCUGACAGCAAUAAAAUGUAUCUUUUAGAUUCUUUACAUGAUUAA